UUAUUCGUGUACCUACCAAAUGACUUCGAAAUUCUGUUGUGAUUUUACCGAAGCUUUUUCCGUUCAGUGGUAGCCAAGGCAUGUAGCCAAUGCACAGAGUUACGUCCCUUUGAGAAAUCUUCUGCAGAAGAGAAAUAUAAAUGUCAAUGUUUGAAAAUGGAGGACAUGACGGAGAUUCCAGAUGGCAGUCGACGUAAACUUCCACCGAUUUCCCCAAGAUCUAAGCCAACAGGUGUCAGUACUACAGGUGAUAAGCCAAUUAAGAAAAAGAAAAAACGGACUGGGGAAGAAAAUGGAUUGUCAGUUGAAGGAACAAGUGACAAACCUGUAAAGCGUCUAGGUCGGAGAGAGUCGGCUAAUGACGAUGGAUCAGAUGUUGCCAAAGAUACCAUUGAGGCAUCAGAAAAUACUGUUCGUAAACCAAAGCGGGCAAAGCGGAAACCAGCUGUUGAGUCUGAUGCCGGCGAACAAGCACCGGAGCCAGAGGAAACUCCAAAGUCUGAGAAAAAACCGCGAAGGAAACGAACUGCCGGAUCAAAACAGGAUGUUAGUAGUAGUAAAACAAGCCUGCUGUCUAAAGAUGAGGAGGGAACAACUUCAUCUUCCAAGACCAAAGUCAAAAAGAAGAAAAAGAAAGUGCAGAAGGUACCUGAUGAGGGGGAUUACACAGACAGUGGGUUAGCUGCAGAACUGACAAGUAUAGAGGAUGAUGUGUUAGCCCUGGACGAGACUCUGCGACAUGAAGAGACAGCCGUGCAACAUCCUGUGGCAGCAGCUACUCUUAAGAGUCAGCCUACCAGCAAGAUCUUUGUCGAGACAAACAGUGGGUUUAAAGGCCAGAAUAAGGCGAUUCUUGCGAGAAGAAUCGCUGAAGAGAAGACUAGGCCAGUAGAGAUGGAGGAGCCAACAAGGAGCACCUCCAUUGAAUUUGCACUGAAGACACAUCGCAUUUUGAAGACAUUUUUCUUGUUUUGUCAUGGCAUCACAGCUGGACUGGCCUUGUGGCAUAUUGUGAUUGUGUAUGUUUUAAGCCAUCACCCUCGAGAGGACUUCCUGGUCCACUACCAACCUCUUGCCUUACCAGUCCAGUGUCUUUUCUACAUUCUCUUAGUGUGCUGUACUAUAUCAGCAUUUGACAGGCACGACAUCAGCUACCCAACAAGGAAGUUUUUACGCCAGGCCUUCACACUCCAGUCUGGAGCUGUGUCUGUCCCCAUCUACUUUGUAGCACUGGUGUUCAGUGUUGCCAUAGCAGCAGAGGCAGAUCGUAUCAAUUUGUACUACACCUCACCAGAGUUGUGGAAAAAUGAUCAGUUGUCUGAUCAUGAGCUGAAUGUAUGGAAGAGUCUGAACACAGUUCGUGGAGUGCUGAUUAUCCUGGGCUGGUUUGUGCUCUCUCUGACUCCCAAUACUGACCGACUCUCAAAGAACCUGGGCGCCAGUGGAGAUUUCCUUGGCACUAACGUAGAGAUGUUGUCUGUCAACAAGAACAGCAUAGUGCCAUGAAAUUGUCAUUAAAGAAGUAAAACAUUGCUCUGUGUAUUUGUCACUUUCCAAGAAAGAAUGUGUGCAUGCAUACUGAUGUGAUUGUUAUCAUAUUAGACUAUUUACUAUAGUGAUGCCGUGAUUAAGAUCAAGUAUAUUCAUGUAUCUGAUGAAGCAUUGUGAUAUGUCGUUUUUUUUGUUGUACAAAGUAAUCACUGUAUACAAACAUCUACAGUACAUAUUUCUUCAUUUUAUUAUUUUUUUAUUUAUUAACUUUUCUGUUGUGCUGUAAUGUGUUCAUCACAGUCCCUCCAGAUAAUGUUCAAUCCUGUCUCUCUUAAUAAACUAAAACAGGCCUGACUGUCUUUGUCAAAGGCUUGAGAUGUUACAAUAUAUAAUUGGUGCAGUGUAUCAGAAUAGCAUGACAUCCAAUUUAUCCAUACUGUUCAGUAAUUAUGUUGUUUGAUAACAACGAGAGAAGAGUAUUAUAUUGUGUGAAUCUGACUGGUGGCCAUGUUCUUCUGGUUUUUAGAAUUUUCCUUGUUAUACCUGAUAUGUUACAUUGUGCAAGAUCGUACAAGACUACUUGUAUCAUGCCCCAGUGUCUGACAGGUAUUGCUGGUCAUUUUAGACAGAUACAUAUUAAUACAAGUAUGUUCAAAUUAUUUGCCAAAUAUUUUAUUAUGUCUUUUUAUUGGUAUUUUAUAGAAUUUGUAAACUAUAUUGAUUUAUUUAUUUUAUUUGAUUAGUGGUUUACGACGUACUCGAGAACAUGUCACUUACAGUCUUCAUUAUGGUGGGUGGGAACGAGGCAGAGCACAGGGAAAACCCAUGACCAUCCGCAAGUUGGUGUCAGUCCAUCUUUCGCACAAAGAGAGAGGGAGCCCGAAUCAGUUGGAUUUAACAAUGUAAAAUAAAUUCUAAGAUAUUUCCUUAUGCAUAAUCUGCCAGUCAUUACUUCUGUGAUUCAUAUUAAUUAUAUGAAAGACAUGCUUUUGGAAACGAUCUUAUUGAUGUCAUUAUUUCAUGAAUAUAUCACAUGUACAGCAGGUGCGAUUUUAAUAAAACCCAGCACAUGGGUUUAAAGUGUGUAAUAUUAUACCUACACCUGCUUAGGCUUUGCCUUUUGAUCGUCAUUAAAAAAAAUAAAAAAUGUAUCUAAUGAAGUGGAAAUCACCUGGAAGACAACGUAGAUCAAUCAUGACACAAGGGUGCAUGCUGACGUGUCCUUCCAUUGCUGGGUCACUACAGGAGACCAGUAGCGUCACUGCCGCCACACUGUGCUGUCAGGUUAGCAGUGAAUCUGCCAGUCUCAGUGGCGGUCAGAUCGUUUUUAGUGACUACAGGUGCCCUCACUGAUCUUCGAAUCCAGAAUUCGCUAUGAUGUUCCAAUGAGGUAUAGUGGAUUUACAUGUAGCACGAAGAAAAAUUUGUCAAAAUCGUAGUACCUGACUUGAUUUAAUGAAGAUGCCGAUUAACCUAAAUGACGUUCAUGAAUAUAAGGGCCAUCAUCGUCGGUUCGACUAACACUUUAUAGGCCUGCUAUUGACUUAUGCCGGAAUAUUUACCGAAGACAUGCAGAUCAUCUUGCAGCAUCCAGUGGUGAAAACGGUUAGAAUAUAGCUUAUACUGUAUAGGGCCUAUCUGUUUUCUUCACAAAUUAUCAAUAACAUUUGCAAAUAAUUGAAACUGUUAAAUGGUAUGAAGUAUGAUAUUUUCCAAAAUCGCAGGUGGAGUGCCUUGCAUGGACACACGAGGAUUGUUUUAUAUGAUAAUGUAUACACCUAUUUGAAAAACAGGAGGAGAUCUGAACGUUUUACUCCAUGAUGUCAUUGUCUUAGAAGAUAAUUAGAUAAAUCCUAAUUACUGGUGGCUUUGUAUAUGUUGGUAAUAUUUUAUAUAUGAUAAGGAUUCUUUUGAGCUCUUUAUUGGUGUUGUAUAUUUAGCAUAAAGAAGGAUAUGGUUGAAAACAAAUUUACAGAUUUCUGACAUCAGGAGAGCCUUAAUGGCACAUGAGCAUCACAUGAUCGUCAUGAUGUAUGCCUAUAUAUAUAAACCUGCUAGGCAUAUGGAAGAAAAUUAUAAAAUGUGAGAAACAUACCUCUAUAUUAUAAGCCGUCUAAUGGCAGGAGAAGGUCGUAGGAUGUUGUAAAAUAACGUGUUUUGUUUGGAUUAAAGAGAUCGAGUCUGUAGAGC